GUAAAACCGAUUAAUCUGUGGCCUCAGUGUAACAGGACAGCUGAUCCUAGCCAGACUAUUUUGACAAAUCGUCUGUGGCAGAACUUUUUAACUUGGUGUCUAAACUAUUCGAGUAGGCUCAUUUGGGUCUAAACUGUCGAGGCGAUGGCCACCUAUUCCCCGAGACUGGCCUUCGUGCUCAUCCUAAUUUGGGAUUCGGCAAUGGGUAUCCCGAGUCUCUCAUCUACCUCGCUGUCAAGGACGAAGAACGAACUGGCCCUAUCUGAUUCAUCAGCCCCAGGGGACUCCAAUUCGCUUCCACACACUCCCCCUGCCCAGGGCCCGCCAGCUCCCCCUCCCCCACCACCGGGGCCUACGACGACGACGACCGGUCCCCCUACCCCUCCACCGGGGCCGACGACGACGACGACCACAUCUUCAAUAACUACAUCCCCCACGACCACAUCUUCAACAACUACAUCCCCCACGACCACAUCUUCAACAACUACAUCCCCCACGACCACAUCUUCAAUAACUACAUCCCCCACGACCACAUCUUCAACAACUACAUCCCCCACGACCACAUCUUCAACAACUACAUCCCCCACGACCACAUCUUCAAUAACUACAUCCCCCACGACCACUCCAAAACCAAAAACAAAGAAAGAGGUCCUGGAGGAGACGGACACUGUCCUUCAAAACAUCAAUAGUACCCUCCAAGAGUUCCAGGAUGCUCUGACAAGAGCUGAAGCCACAACAACAACUCCAAAGCCUGAAACCAGCGUGCUGAAACGAGAGGACCUUGCGCAACCCCUCAUCGAUCUCAUGCACUUCAAGGGUGUAUUAGCUGAGGAAAGUACAAGUAUCUGCGUAGAAAAAGCUGAACAAAGUUGCAAAGAUCUGGAGAAGACGCUUAAUGAUAUAGACGACCAGCUACAGAUUCUGAAGAGUAAUGUCGACAGCUGGGAUCAGGAAAAUUUGAAUAGGUUGAUGUUGCUCAACUCGACCCUCUAUGACCAAAUGAGCUAUGCUACUACACCAGCGUUCAUUAAUGCUAACCUUGACAAAACUGAAACAAACAGGAGACUGGAAAGUAUGGAAAAGAGUGUAGAAGAUGCCAAAACAGCAGUCCAGAAUGAAAUCGACUCUCUCAAUGAAGGUUCUGAUGGGGUCAUAUUCGCCGCAGUUUUCGGCACCUUGGGAGGGCUAAUCAUCGUCGCCCUUAUCGCUGGCAUAGCCUUCAGGGCCAUCAAAAGCAGCAAAAACAAGACGGAGAAGAACACGGAACACAACAAGUUAUCCGAAGCAAGCGUGCCCGUCGAAGGAUUCCUUCGCGAUCAAGACAACCUGGGCUACGUGGACGACGAACCAGCGAGAACCAGAGACGACGUCUACCCCAUGCAGAAUUUCAGCAGGCCUGCACCUCUGGCCAAAGAUCCCUACAGACGUCCACAAACAAGACCAGUGGAAGAUCUCUAUGCCAAACCCUUAACAUCCAGGCGUCCCCAAAUCUCCCCAAUUCCAAGAAACAACUAUUCCAGGCCAGGUUCCCCUGCAGGUGACAACUACUAUUCCAGGCCUAAGAGUGAUUACUACUCUGCUCCUGGGCCUUCAAGAGAUGAUGGAAGAGGUGAACCUAGGUCAAGGGAUCCUUACUCUGCACCCAGCAGUGGUAUGAGAAGGUAUAAUUAACAGGAGCUACACUGACAACCACCCACAGUACCUUCAGUCUUAUCAGAAGCCCACUCUGCAAACUUCUUAGAAGAGAGAUCAUGCAAGAACAUCGUAGCUGCUAAGGCUUUGAUUGCGAUACCAACAAUAAAAGAUCGCGUACACAAAUCUUGUGCAAUUGGCCGGCUGGGAAAAAGGUGUACUAUGUGGAUGCUUUUCAGAGUUCUGUUUGGCACCAUAGGAUAACCAUUUAAAAUGAAGGAUAACCAAUUAAAACUGAGGAUAACCAUUUAAAAUAGAGGAUAACCAAUUACAAUAUAGGAUAACCCAUCAAAAUUCAGGAUAACCAUUUAAAAUAGAGAGUAACUAUUUAAAAUAAGAGGAUAAUCCUUUAAAUUUAGAGGAUAACCACUUAAAAUUGAGUAUAACCACGUACAAUCUAAAGGAUAAUCAUUUAAAAUAUAGAGGACAAUUAUUUAAAAUAUAGAAAUACAAUAGUAACUUCACUUUCAGCUGUCCAUAUCAAUCAUUAUCAUAAUUAUUAUUCAGCUGCUAAUAAUUCAUAUCGAACAGGCCCUCAGGACCACUGACUUGAAAUUCAAGCUUCCAAAGAAUAUGGUGUUCAUUAUUUUCCUUAUAAAUUUAAAAGGGAGCUUCAUACUUAAUUGCUGCUUUACCAUCGACAUAGUUUACUAUAUUAAAUCAAAUUUACCACUGUCAACCUUUGUAUUGCAUUAGCUGCACUUUAGGGAAGAAUGAGUAGGACAUUUAAGAAGACAUAUUUACUUAGUAAAUAAGGGAAAUAUCAUAGUCUUGUACUGCAGCAUUCAGUGUUACCGUACAUAUAUUUACAGUGUUCACUGUUACCAUACAUAUAUUUACAGUAUUCAGUGUUACCACACAAAUAUCUACAGUACUCAGUGUUACCAUACAAAUAUUUACAGUAUUCAGUAUUACCACACAAAUUUUCACAGUAUUCAGUGUUACCAUAAAAACAUUUACAUCCUCUUUACCUAUAGCUUAGUUCAUUGGGGACAAAUAGUGUUAUGUUUUGAGCUUUCAAAUGGUGUGGUAAAAAAAUAUAUACAAUUUAUUUGCUUUUACAAUGUCCGUGUUAUGACUGUUGUUCUAAUAAAAAUGACAAAUCAAA